AUGCCGAACCGCAGGGCCAGCCGUAAUGCCUACUACUUCUUUGUGCAGGAGAAGAUCCCCGAACUGCGCCGGCGAGGUCUGCCCGUGGCUCGUGUGCCGGACGCCAUCCCCUACUGCUCCGCAGACUGGGCGCUCCUGAGGGAGGAGGAGAAGGAGAAAUACGCAGAAAUGGCUCGCGAGUGGAAGGCGGCCCAGGGGAAGGACGCUGGGCCCCUGGAGAAGCAGAAACCAAAUGUUUCUAUACCACUGAGGAGGCCAGGCAUGCUUGCACCAAGGCAGACUGUUUCACCCCCUGAUAUGUCAACUUUGACUCUAAAAAGUGAUCAAGCUCUCCUUGGAAGCAUUUUUUAUUUUUUGAAUAUUUUUAGCCAUGGUGAGCUACCUCCUCAUUGUGAACAGCGCUUCCUCCCUUGUGAAAUCGGCUGUGUUAAAUAUUCUCUCCAAGAAGGUAUUAUGGCGGAUUUCCACUGUUUUAUAAAUCCGGGUGAAAUUCCGCGAGGGUUCCGCUUUCAUUGUCAGGCUGCAAGUGAUUCUAGUCACAAGAUUCCUAUUUCAAACUUUGAAUUCGGGCGUGACCAAGCAACUGUGUUAAAAAGUCUUUAUAGAUUUAUUCAUCCAAACUCAGGGAACUGGCCACCCAUCUAUUGCAAGUCUGAUGACAGAGCCCGAGUCAACUGGUGUUUGAAGCAUAUGGCGAGGGUAUCAGAAAUAAGGCAGAAUCUAGAACUUCUCACCGUAGAGGACCUCGUAGUGGGAAUCUACCAGAAAAAAUUCCAUAAGGAGCCCUCCAAGACUUGGGUUCGAAGCCUCCUAGAUGUGGCCAUGUGGGAUUAUUCUAGCAACACAAGGUGCAAGUGGCAUGAAGAAAACGAUACUCUCUUCUGUGCUUUAGCUGUUUGCAAGAAGGUUGCGUACUGCAUCAGUAAUUCUCUGGCCACUCUCUUUGGAAUUCAGCUCACAGGGGCUCAUGUACCACUACAAGAUUACGAGGCCAGCAAUAGUGUGACACCCAAAAUGGUUGUGUUGGAUGCAGGACGUUUUCAGAAGCUAAGGGUUGAAAGUCCAGGAUUCUCUCAUUUCAACUCUUCUAAUCAAGACCAAAGAUCAUACACACCCACUGGUGAUUACCCGUCUGGGGUGAAGAUUUCUGGCCAAAACAGCAGUGUUCGGGGAAGAGGGAUUACCCGCUUGCUAGAGAGCAUUUCCAAUUCCUCCAGCAAUAUCCACAAAUUCUCAAACUGUGAGACUUCACUCUCACCUUACAUGUCCCAAAAAGAUGGGUACAAAUCUUUCUCUUCCUUUUCAUAA